AGGUAUUUGUGUGUGUGUGUGUAAGCUAUUAUCGAAACAGGACUAACUAAGACAGUGAGAGUUCCUCAGAAUCUGAACUUCGGAUCUCUAGACUCUAAUAUUGAUUUGCAUUGUUUUCAAAUAUCCUAGAUCUAGCUACAGAUGAAAUAAAAUAAAAACGAGUCUAGAAUCUAAAUCUAAAUAGCAACUAGAUUGUCAAGAUCUAGAUCUAUAAUCUAUGAAUUUACUGGUACCUCCCAUAUAUCAAGUAAAUCUACACUUCAUAUAAAGUCAAACAAUAAGUCUAAUUAGUGCAGAUCUCAAGUUUAAGACUAGAUCGAGUCUAGUCUAAUUCUUUAACUUAUUCAACUUUGAUUAUGGUUAAAUAAGGAGAAAGGAUUUUGAUCUCAAGUUAUGCUGCUAUAAUGAUGUACGAACAUAGUCCCAACAAAUGAUGAAUGUGUACUCUUGUUAGGGUUUCACUUCUGUUCCUGGUGUAUAUUAACAAUAGUAAGGUACAAGCAGAGAUUCAUGAGGACCCUUGCAUUAAACCUUGUGGUCUAGGGCAAUAUUAUUUCAAUGUUACAUGUUCUUGUUUGGAUUGUCCUGCUGGAUCUUAUAAUCCAUCAAUAGUGCAUAGAGAUAACACCUGCAUACCACAUAGCCAUGCUCUCUAUGAGGGAUGUACACUUAUACAUAAGGGAACAUCAACCUCAGAUAAUAAAUGGUUUUGCCCGACUACCACUAUCCCAACAACAUCAGUCAACACAACAGUUCUGUCAGUCAGUGGAACUACGCUCGCAAAUUCAGCACCUCAAGAAACAGCAAAUUACCUAGUGAUAAUUAUUCCAAGCGUAGCUCUGCUAAUAGUUAUCAUUGUUUCACUGAUAGUUGCCGUUUGGUUUCGUAAAUGUAGAGACAGAAAUGAACAACAAAAUAUACCUGAAACGAAAGAAAUGAUGCUCAGAAGUUGAAGCCGAAAAUCAUCAGGUUUUGUUAGUUAAAUGUCAUUCAAGACUUGUAUAUAUAAACUUGAGCUGUCUGCACUACCUGUUACUGAUGUUUAUCUUGUUCAUGAAGUCUUCUGCUUAGAUCUGAGAUCAUGACCAUGACCUGGUCACCUUAUUAUCAUCUUCCCUUCAACAUUUAUAUUCGUUCUUAUUUUUUUUUUGUAGAAUACUUUUUUUCUGUGUUCAUUCCAUUGUCUUCCUUUUGUUGCGCUGUCAAGACUUUAUUGACAAAAAAAGUCAAUACUAAUAAUUGUUGUUUUUUUUUUUUUGUUUUUUUUUUAAUUGAUCAAAAGUCAUUGCCAAUCCAAGUUGUUUUUUUUAUAUCAUGCUUGCUGACCUGUAACUAAAUUUUAUAUUUACAUUUUCUUAAAUAAACAAAACUUUUUUAUAUUCAAUUUACAAAUUUUUAAAUGAUAUACUUGUAUUCCAUUUUUAUUCCAUUAUAUACUUUUAAGAACACAAAAACAUUUUAUAUUUAAUGUUUCAUUGACUUGUUGACGUGGACUAAACAGGAUUUUGCAUUGCAAUGAGAUAAAGCUUAAAAUUUCAGGUUACAAUUUCCAUUCAUAAAUUUUACAUGGAGACAUUUUAAUGCUGCUAAUUUGCAAAAUUGAUUUUUUUUUUAACAUGUUUUUUUUUUGUUCAACCCCCUCACUCUGUUGACCUAGAUUUUAAGUAGAAGGUCCUAAAUGCUUACCACAACUUCAGACCUAGACUUUAAGUAGAAGGUACUAAAUGCUUACCACAACUUCAGACCUAGACUUUAAGUAGAAGGUACUAAAUGCUUACCACAACUUUAGACCUAGACUUUAAGUAGAAGGUCCUAAAUGCUUACCACAACUUCAGACCUAGACUUUAAGUAGAAGGUACUAAAUGCUUACCACAACUUCAGACCUAGACUUUAAGUAGAAGGUACUAAAUGCUUACCACAACUUCAGCCCUAGACUUUAAGUAGAAGGUACUUAAUGCUUACCACAACUUCAGACCUAGACUUUAAGUAGAAGUUACUUAAUGCUUACCACAACUUCAGACCUAGACUUUAAGUAGAAGGUACUUAAUGCUUACCACAACUUCAGGCCUAGGUCUAAAAGGUUCAGCUCAUUUUUGUAUUUAAAUAUUGAUAUUAAAUAGGUCAAAGGUUCAAUUUUGAACUAAAUAUCUAAGAAUUGAAUUAGAAGAAAGUAAAUCAGCAAGGUCUCAUUCUAUAACUUCAAUCAUUUAGACUCAGUUAAUAAAUAGUUGUUGACUGGAAUCAUUCAGAGACUGUAAUGGAAGCAAAAGGGUCGAGACAUAGACCAAAAAAAAAAAUGGGGGUUGUGGCGAGCUAUUUGUUGUGUAGGUUCAAUUGAGAUGAUGCGUGUUGGCUUACUGUGUACCAAGAUGGCAACGGCUGAUUACAUUUAAAAAUUCUGUUUAAGGUCUAUUUCUAUUUUUCUCUUUAUGGGUUAUUCUUUUUUUUUAAUUUUAUAUCUGGCCUCAAUUCUUUACUUGUUUCCUUUUUAAAUUAUAGAUUAUAACUCAGUUGUUAAUUUUUUAACUAGAACUUUCUAGGUCCAUAAAUAACAUCUAAUUAUAAAGCACAUUCUACCUUUUUUUUUUUUUUUUUUUUUUUUUUUUUUUUUUUUCAUGAAUAAAAAUGUUUGCUAGUUACCUUUACCUAUCCCUUAGUCUGUUGGAUCGUUGGGGCACCAUGCGAGAUUUGUCGACCGUCUUUCUCCAUUCCUCUCUGCCUUUAGCCUUGGAUAGAACCUCUUUCAGUGGCAGGCCCAUCACUUCUUUUAUGUUGUGUUCCCAUCACUUUCUCUGUCUGCCUCUUCUUCUUCUUUCUCCUGGUACUGUUACCUGAAGGAAGGUUUUUGCGAGCCCAGAAUAUAAUAUGGCUAUAUAGUUUAAGUUUUAGUGGGUUUUUUAUUUUUUACAAUAGUUAGCAAAUUAUGGUGGGGUCCCAUUGCUGUUUGCCAGUACAAAGGUCUAAAGUUUGAAUUGUGGCUAGGCUGUGAUUUUUAGUGUCGAUUGACCCACUGUAGUAGGUAAACCACUGUUGUUGGUUGUGUAUAACUGUUUUAACCCACGCCAGGAAAUCUAUUUUGAAUCAUCCUCACACAAUUUAAACAUGCACCCUAAGUUAACUCCUAGCUUCUUGCUUGCCCAUUUCAUUUGAGUGAGCAGAGUUAAUUAACCUCCCUUAUUUUGCACACUUUACCAUUUGGUCUGAUCUUGGCAGUAGCUAUUUGUACAUCUCCAAUACACAUAUAAGCAUACAUAGAAAUAUUUUAGUUUCAUCCAUUUGUUGUUUUUUUUAAAUAUUAGCUACAUGUACUCAUGUAUUCCACUAGUUUAAUAGAUUACAUGGUAAUAUUAAAAUACUUUACAUACAAAAAAAAAACACACUAUAUCUUAAUUUCAAAAUUAAUACUUGUUUUUAGUUCUUUAAUUGCAUAAUUUUUUUUUAUAUUCUAUUGUAUUACUGUGAUGAAUUGUAGUAGCAUAAGUUUUCUUAAGCUGUACAACAUAUUUUAUUUAGAAACAGCACAGAACAUUUCAUGUAUUGGUAUGUCACAGUUGACUGAACUCAUUUUGGUGAAUGUAAUAUUGGACUAUUUGAUAGAUAUCAGCCGAUUGAACUGUUUGGUGGAUAUCAGUUGAUUGAACUGUUUGGUGGAUAUCAGUUGAUUGAACUCUUUUAUGAAUGUUCAUAUUGGUUGGACUAUUUUGAUAGAUUUCAUUUGAUUGAACUUUUUGAUGAAUGUUCAUAUUCGUUGGACUAUUUUGAUAGAUUUCAUUUGAUUGAACUUUUUGAUGAAUGUUCAUAUUCGUUGGACUAUUUUGAUAGAUUUCAUUUGAUUGAACUUUUUGAUGAAUGUUCAUAUUGGUUGGACUAUUUUGAUAGAUUUCAUUUGAUUGAACUUUUUGAUGAAUGUUCAUAUUGGUUGGACUAUUUUGAUAGAUUUCAUUUGAUUGAACUUUUUGAUGAAUGUU